AUGCCCUCUGGCCUUCAGUACAAACAUCAAUACUGGAAGAAGGCAGACGAUUUUAAAAUAAUACAUUUAUUCAUAACACGAUUUUUCUUUCUUUCUUUCUUUCUUGCUUUCUUGCUUGCAUUCUUUCUUUUUUCUUUCUUUCUUUCUUUCUUUUUUCUUUCUUUCUUACUUCCUUUCUUUCUUUCUUUCUUACUUUCUUUCUUUCUUUCUUUCUUGCUGUCUUUCUUUCUUGCUUGCUUUCUUGCUUGCUUUCUUUCUUGCUUUUUUUUCUUUCUUGCUUCCUUGCUUUCUUUCUUUUUCUUUCUUUCUUUCUUUCUUUCUUUCUUGUUUGUUUGCUUUCUUUCUUGCUUUCUUUCUUUCUUUCUUUUUUUCUUUCUUUCUUGUUGUCUUUCUUUCUUGCUUGCAUUCUUUCUUGCUUUCUUUCUUGCUUCCUUGCUUUCUUUCUUGCUUCCUUGCUUUGUAUCUUUCUUUCUUUCUUUCUUUUUUUCUUUCCUUCUUUCUUUUUUGUUUGCUUUCUUUCUUGCUUCCUUACUUGCUUUCUUUCUUUCAUUUUUUUCUUUCUUUCUUGCUUUCUUGCUUGCUUGCUUUCUUUUUUUUUCUUUCUUUCUUUCUUUCUUUCUUUAUUUCUUUCUUUCUUGCUUGCUUGCUUUCUUUAUUGCUUUCUUUCUUGCUUGCUUUCUUUCUUGCUUCCUUACUUGCUUUCUUUCUUUCUUUCUUGCUGUCUUUCUUGCUUGCUUGCUUUCUUUCCUGCUUUCUUUCUUUUUUUUCUAUCUUUCUUGCUUUCUUGCUUGCUUUCUUUUUUCUUUUUUCUUUCUUUCUUUCUUUCUUGCUUGCUUGCUUGCUUUCUUUUUUCUUUUUUCUUUCUUUCUUUCUUUCUUGCUUGCUUGCUUUCUUUCUUUCUUUCUUUCUUCAUUCUACGUUCGAGUAAAUUGA